CAUUUCCAGGAGAUGCUCCAGGGAAGGAAGUGGUGGAUCUGGUCGAUAAACACGAGAUGUGAAACUGUGGAGAAUGGAGUCAAGAGGCUGAGGGGAUGGAAUUGUAACCUUGGUGAGGCAGAAAGGGGAUGGUGGGUUGAAGGGUGUGAAGAACUCGGUAUGAUACCAAAGCUCUGGGCACUGUGAGCUGUGCAGGCGCGCAAUGCAGAUGUGUCUGUUGAAUUCGAGGUGACACAGAGGAAAUUGUUUAAACAAAAAAAUACAACUGUCAGAGAACUGGCGGUUAUUGUGGCUCUCGUUGUUAUGGUGGGUGGGGUAACACUCGUGUGUCUCAAAUUUAUCAGCAAGGGUCAGGGGUGGAGAACCAAUUCCGAAAAUUUGAGGGAUGAUGCUUUUCUCAAGGAGUGGAGUGAUAUGCCCAGGCAUUUGCAGUUUAAUCCGCAUAUUAGAACUGGGUACAGACCUCUCACCAGUGCCAGUGGGUGUCUUAGGAGUCUUUUUUAUUUUCAUAAUGAGACAGUUAAUAUCAUGACGCAUGGUUUCGCCAUUCUCUGCAUCCUGAUAACGGUCCCUUAUUGCUUGCCUUGGAGCGAUGAAGGUGCCUUUUAUGGAUUUCUAUCCUGGUGUCAUCUGAUCGGGGCAGCCAGCCCCUGGCUAGGAUCCUUUUUGUAUCAUCUGUUCAUGAACUUGGAUCGUGGAGAAGCCGUUUAUCGAAGAUUACUCAAGCUCGACAUGCUGGGGAUUUGGGUUGUCCAGAGUAUUGGUGCAAUGCCGUUCAUAUCAGCUUCGAUUCACUGUCUUCCUGGAGGACUGUGGCAUGCCUGCAUGGCCCUGUACAUUUUCCUGAGCCUGUGGGGUCUCUCAAAGGCCAUGAGGGCUACGUCACCUUGGGAACGGAGAUUAUGCUUCUCACCACCAUUCAUGAUGAGAAUGAUAUUUCUCACUCUCAGGUGCUUCCGGAUCGGUGGUGGAAAUCCUCAGGCACUCAGACACGUUGUACUCCAGGAUUUAGUCGCGGUGAUAGGCGGAACGAUAGGCGCCCUCCGAAUCCCGGAGAAGUGGCUGUCAGGCCAGGUGGAUCUUGUCCUGAAUUCCCACAAUAUAAUGCACGUGGUUGUUGUGCUUGCUGUGUGGUCAAUGCACUCAGCAACAAUUCAGGACCUGAAUUGGAUGAUGAAUCCAUCAGCCUGUCAAGCUCUCUCGUCUCUCCGUCACGACGAGCUCUAACUCCUAUUCAAAAUAAUUUCCCCAUCGUCAUAGGGGAGAUGUUGAGGAAUCAUCUCAGACACUGUGAUUAGACUACCAUAGGUGGGAAAUUUAUAACUGUGAUUUUUUAAUGGGAAUGAGUUUCUUGUUGAAUCAAGCACAUCAAAAAUAUCUUUAUUGUACAGAUUACCCUUUUGAUCAUACCGAAGUCGUUUAAUCGUCAUUGAGGUCCAGAGAUCGAUCGAAAUUUGUUUACCUCGUGUUUGGUAAUAGAAUGACUCAGAUAUUCCACGAGUCCUUGAAAAUUCAUUCAUCUUUCGAUCGGAUUAGAUUUUUCGUCCGGUUUGGAGUAUCAAGAGUACGAUGAUAGAGCUAAUAAUAUUUCCAUUGAUUAGAAUUAGAGAAAAAUUUAUAAAAAUGCAACUUCAUUUUUAUGAAUAAAUGAUCACAGGCAUUCCAAGGAAUUUAAUCAGCCAGUUUCAAUUUCACAUUGGCGAGAAGAGACAAUUCCAAUUUUAGUUACAAUAUGUUCGAUCUCUCACUCUCAUCAAUUACAAAUUUACAGAAGUACUUAGUAAUGAAAUUCAUCGUUUCUAAAUAUAAUUAGGUCAUAGCAGUUCCAUCGAAAAUUAUUUAAAUGUUGAAUGAUUUGCCGUUUUAUGGAAUUCAGAAAAUUUUACCAUUUUUACGAUUCAUCUCUCAUCGAUAAAUAUUUUAUACCUUGAAUAGUGCAUUAACUGAAAAUGUGUUACUUAACUGGAAAAAUAUUUGGCUUGCGAAAUCUAUUGAAUUAUUUUCCAAUCAACUGUCUCCGAGUAAAGCUUAUGAUAGUUGAACUUUU